AUGGGAUUGAAUCAACAUUGCGAUCGGGACCUCAUCACCAUCUUGUUUCAAGAUGUUGAUGGUCUUCAAGUCUUCAAGGAUGGCCAUUGGAUUUCUAUUGAUCCUAUUGAGGGUGCAUUUGUGGUUAACUUUGGCUAUCUUUUAGAGGUGAUUAGCAAUGGAAAGCUCAAGGCAGUUGAACAUCGAGUCGUGACAAACGCAAAGGCAUCUCGACAAAGCUUAGUGUAUACUAUUUUUCCUGAGAAAGAGAUGAUAAUAAAACCAGCAACAUGUUUGAUAAAUGAAGCCAAUCCUCCACAUUAUCGUUCCUUUAAGGUUGAAGACUUCAAUAGACAUUUUUUUGCUGUGUCAAAUAAUAAUGAUGAAAUGAUGAAGUUUAUGUUAGCAUAA